AUGUGCAACGACACGGAAGGCAACCUGUUGACAGACAAGACUGCGGUGGCGGCUAGGUGGAAGGAGCACUUCCAGCAGCUGUUGAACGGUGAGGCACGAGAGGGAAUCGUCGAGGACAGGAUACACGUUGAGGAAGAUGGAAAAGCUGUGGACCCGCCUACGUUGGAGGAAGUAGCUAAGGCUAUUAAAGAGCUCAAGAACGGGAAAUCCGCAGGAAAGGACGGACUUCCGGCCGAACUUUUCAAGCACGGGAGUACGCGGAUGACCGAGAUUCUGCACCAAAUCAUCCUACGCAUUUGGUGCGAAGAACAGCUUCCGACCGACUGGUUAGACGGGCUCGUCACCCCAAUCUACAAGAAAGGGCAAAGACUCGAUUGUGCCAACUAUCGAGGCAUCACAAUCCUCAACGCAGCGUACAAAGUACUCUCCCGCAUCCUGUGGAGCAAGCUGAGACCGAUGACCGAGACCUUUGUCGGCGAAUACCAGUGCGGUUUUCGAGCGGGUCGGUCAACGACGGAUCAGAUGUUCACUCUGCGACAAAUCCUCGACAAGUUCCGGGAGUACAACCUGCAAACACACCAUUUGUUCAUCGACUUCAAGGCGGCGUACGAUUCGGUCAAAAGAAACGAACUUUGGAAGAUUAUGGUAGAACACGGCUUUCCGGCGAAGCUUAUAAGACUGAUUCGUGCAACGCUCGACGGAGCAAAAUCAAGCGUGCGAAUAGCCAACGAGACAUCUGAAGCUUUCGUUACGUUGGAUGGAUUGAAGCAGGGCGAUGCUCUCUCGAACUUACUGUUCAUCAUAGCGUUGGAGGGUGCUGCGCGAAGGGCAGGCGUGCAAAGAAACGGAACACUCAUCACUAAAUCGCACAUGCUGCUUGGAUACGCUGACGACAUCGACAUCAUUGGUAUCGACCGUCGUUCAGUGGAGGAGGCGUUCGUCCCUUUCAAGCGGGAAGCUGCGAAGAUCGGACUGACCAUCAACACUGCCAAGACCAAGUACCUGGUCGCUGGCAGAGCGCGUGGCAGUGCAGGUGAUGGUGCUUCGGAGGUGGAAAUAGAUGGAGAAAGAUAUGAGGUGGUGGAUGAAUUUGUAUAUCUUGGUACACUCGUGACGUGCGACAACGAUGUGAGCUGCGAAGUGAAACGGCGGAUUAGUGCUGCAAACAGGGCCUUCUACGGUCUUCGUAGCCAGCUAAGGUCCCGCAGCCUAAGGACGCCUACGAAAAUCACGCUGUACAGGACCUUGAUACUCCCUGUAGCUUUUUUCGGUCACGAGUCGUGGACGCUAAAGGAGGCUGACCAGAGAGCACUUGGGGUCUUCGAGCGGAGAAUCCUGCGUUCUAUCUUCGGCGGCAAGCAAGUAGGAGACCGGUGGCGCAGGCGCAUGAACUUCGAGCUGUACCAAGACUACAAACAUGCUGAUAUCGUAAAAGUCAUCAAGCACGACAGGCUAAAGUGGGCUGGACAUGUAGCCAGAAUGUCGGACGAGCGGGCGGCUAAAACGAUAUUCAGCAGCGAACCUGGACGGGGUCGUCGGCUUCGUGGAAGGCCUCGUACGCGUUGGCUGUGUGCAGUCGACGAAGAUGCAAGAGCGGCCAACAUUGUGGGCGACUGGAGACGAGCGGCCCAAGAUCGAGCAUCCUGGAAAUCUUCGAUUAGUUCAGCGUUGGGUCGAUAG